AUGGCCUCCGCUACCUCCUUCUACGACUUCAAGCCCAAAGACAAGAAAGGCACCCCCCACCCCCUCUCAAAAUACGCCAACAAAGUCGUUCUCGUCGUCAACACCGCGUCCAAAUGCGGCUUCACGCCGCAAUUCGCAGGCCUCGAGAAGUUAUACAAAGACAUGAAAGCCGCGCACGGCGAUGACUUUACGAUCAUAGGCUUUCCGUGCAAUCAGUUCGGCGGUCAGGAUCCAGGGUCCAAUGAGGAGAUUCAGCAGUUUUGCCAGGUUAAUUAUGGGGUUAGCUUCACGGUUAUGGGGAAGGUGGAUGUAAACGGCGACGCAGCAGACCCCAUGUUCGAGUGGAUGAAGAGCGAGAAACCGGGGCUGAUGGGGAUGAAGCGCGUGAAGUGGAACUUUGAGAAGUUUUUGAUUGGGAGGGAUGGUAAGGUUAAGGGGCGGUGGGCGAGUACGACGAAGCCUGAGGCGCUUAAGGCGGAGAUUGAGAAGGAGCUUGGGAGGAAGGCGUAG